CGGCCGGGCUCGGAGCCCAGGCGUCGUGGACGUAGGGUGCUGUCGGCCUGGUAACGAAGCCCCUCGGCCGGUGGGCCGGAAGCCAUCGCCUGGCCUUCUGGCGGGAGACGUGUGGGCAGGGACACCUCUCGUCCUGAACUCUGCCUGUUUUGGCGGUUUGGAAAAGCCGAGAAACCGUCCAUGUCUCCACCAAAUUGCUCGUGGAUGAGGUGUCAUGUAGCUUGUCAGGAUGUGGUUUUACAGUAACAAUGAGCGUGGUAGAAUAAAUGGGAAGUGGCAACCUGUUGACAGCGAUACCUGUCAAUAGUAUCAUCCAAUGGACUUGGGUUGCUACCUGGUAGGAAUUUGACUUGCCAUCUUGCAUGCUUGCAUGUACCUGGUUGCUGGAUGCACAGAUGUCCUAUGUAGGGUUGUUGACUUAUGGAAGCCAAUCACUAGGACGGGCCCACCAUCUGCUGGCCCAAACUGGACUCCCUGUCUUGAAAGUGGCUCAGUCCCCACUGUAAGCCACUACUAACCAAAGGGAGUGAAUGGCUAGUGAGUGUGGCCUGUAAGUUCAAAAUACGAGAAUUUGCAGGGUGACAAAGGAAUUGAUGAGGUCAUACUGCCUUUGGGUUGGGCAGGAGGCUGCAGCUGUAGCGUUGGUCACCACAGCUGUAUCUCCACACCAGUCCAGCAAGUAGGAGUUGUCCAGAUGUGUUGGGUAAGCCCCAUGUAACCAGUGUAAGGGUCCAGGGUAGCCAGCUGAGGGCCCGCUGCUUGCUCACAGUCCAAUUGGCAAAGCAAGGUCUGCAUCCACAGGUUCAGUCAGCUGAAGAACAGUGAGGCUGAAGGGCUACCCUUUGACAUCCAUGUGGCCAGGGGACAGGCACUUCUCAGUGCUUGUUGCAGGUUUACCUUGUAGGAAGUAGGAUUUUGACUGGUGUGCCCAGUUUUGGCCUUCUGCCGUCAUCAUUCCCCUCCCAUGUGAUCUCUUCUAGUUUUCACGUCAACUUUCCUUGACAUCUUCCAAGUCUCCAUCUCCAGCGCUGGCCUCCUUUCUGAUCCAUAAGCUCCUGCUUCUAGCUGUUCUUUUCAGCUUUGAUGUGGAUUGCUUUGACACCAAGUAGUCUGACCCAAGCCGAGCUCCUGUUACAGUCCAUGCCAGAACAACCCUUAUGCCUGUCUAAAGUCACCUUGGUGCCUCUCUCAGGCCUUCAUGCGUUUCUCAGCAAGCCUUGCCACCUGUUUCCAACAGCAAACCUUUUCCCAGAAACUGGAACUUAAAGUCCUGGUCCGAGCUACCUGGUGGAAGAGGAAAGGUGCCAGCUACUUUGGCAUGAAGAUAGAGUCACUUAGACGUCAUUCUUUUAAGCUGAGUGCAUUGUGAUUUCCAAUAAUUGAGGCAGUGGUUCUAAAAGCUGUCUACAUUAAUGAAAAGAGCAAUGUGGCCAGCUUGACUAAGCCGCCAGUGUGUGCAGCGCGGGCAGGACGCCACCGGGUUUCGACGGACUUGUGCAUGUUAGCAGUAUAGAUUUAUGUAAGGUGGUUUAAAACUCUGGUGUUUUAAAGUAGUCUUAACUGCUCAUAAUAUGGAGACAUAUGAGAGUCCCUCUCCUCUCCCGCGUGAGCCCGCAGGAGAAGCGAUGAUGGAGAACCGAGCUUGCCCCUUCCAAGUGCUGCCCCAUGAACAGUCUCCACCACCUCCCCUGCAAACGUCCAGUGAUGCAGAGGUAAUGGACGUUGGCUCUGGUGGUGAUGGACAGUCCGAACCUCCUGCCGAGGACCCAUUCAACUUCUACGGAGCUUCUCUUCUCUCCAAAGGAUCCUUCUCUAAGGGCCGCCUCCUCAUAGACCCGAACUGUAGUGGCCACAGCCCGCGCACUGCCCGGCACGCACCCGCAGUCCGGAAGUUCUCCCCUGACCUUAAGUUGCUUAAGGAUGUAAAGAUUAGUGUGAGCUUUACUGAGAGCUGUAGGAGUAAGGACAGGAAGGUGCUGUACACAGGAGUAGAACGCAGCACUCGUGCCGAAUGUAGCCUGCUCCUUAGUCCUGUCAGCGGGGACGUGCAUGCUUGUCCCUUUGGCGGGAGUGUUGGUAAUGGGAUAGGCCUAGGGGGUGAGAGUGCAGAUAAGAAGGAGGAGGAAAAUGAGCUGGAUCAGGAAAAGAGAGUGGAGUAUGCAGUGCUCGAUGAGUUAGAAGAUUUUACUGACAAUUUGGAGCUAGAUGAAGAAGGAACAGGCGGGUUCACGGCUAAAGCAAUCGUUCAAAGAGACAGAGUGGAUGAAGAGGCCUUGAAUUUCUCCUAUGAGGAUGACUUUGACAAUGAUGUGGAUGCUUUGCUAGAAGAAGGUCUUUGUGCUCCCAAGAAGAGGCGAAUGGAGGAAAAAUACGGCGGAGACAGUGAUCAUCCGUCUGAUGGAGAGACAAGUGUGCAGCCAAUGAUGACCAAGAUUAAAACAGUGCUCAAGAGUCGUGGCCGUCCACCUACAGAGCCUCUGCCUGACGGAUGGAUCAUGACUUUUCAUAAUUCUGGAGUCCCUGUAUACCUACACAGAGAGUCUCGAGUGGUCACCUGGUCCAGACCCUACUUCUUGGGAACAGGAAGCAUACGGAAACAUGAUCCUCCUCUAAGCAGUAUCCCCUGUCUGCAUUAUAAGAAAAUGAAGGACAAUGAGGAACGGGAGCAAAACUGUGAUCUCAUGCCCAGUGGGGAGGUGUCACCUGUCAAGCCCCUGGGUCGAUCUGCAGAGUUGGAUUUCCCUUUGGAAGAACCUGACUCCAUGGGUGGAGACUCAGGGUCCCUGGAUGAGAAGGACCCACUAGGGGCUGAGGCAGCCCCUGGAGCCCUGGGACAAGUGAAGGCUAAAGUUGAGGUGUGCAAAGAUGAAUCAGUUGAUCUGGAGGAAUUUCGUACUUACCUGGAGAAGCGUUUUGACUUUGAGCAAGUAACUGUGAAAAAAUUCAGGACUUGGGCUGAGCGGCGCCAGUUCAACCGUGAGAUGAAGCGGAAGCAGGCAGAGUCAGAGAGGCCCAUCCUGCCAGCCAACCAGAAGCUCAUCACUUUAUCUGUGCAAGACGCACCUACAAAGAAAGAAUUCGUCAUCAAUCCCAAUGGGAAGUCUGAGGUCUGCAUCCUGCACGAAUACAUGCAGCGUGUCCUCAAGGUCCGCCCUGUUUAUAAUUUCUUUGAAUGUGAGAAUCCAAGUGAGCCUUUUGGUGCCUCGGUGACCAUUGAUGGUGUGACUUACGGAUCUGGAACUGCAAGCAGCAAAAAACUUGCGAAGAAUAAAGCUGCCCGAGCCACACUGGAAAUUCUCAUCCCUGACUUUGUUAAACAGACCUCUGAGGAGAAGCCCAAAGACAGUGAGGAACUGGAGUAUUUUAACCACAUCAGUAUUGAGGAUUCACGAGUCUACGAGCUGACCAGCAAGGCCGGGCUGUUGUCUCCGUAUCAGAUCCUCCAUGAGUGCCUUAAAAGAAACCAUGGAAUGGGUGACACAUCCAUCAAGUUUGAAGUGGUUCCUGGGAAAAACCAGAAGAGUGAAUAUGUCAUGGCAUGCGGCAAACACACAGUGCGCGGGUGGUGUAAGAAUAAACGAGUUGGGAAACAAUUAGCCUCUCAGAAAAUCCUUCAGCUGCUGCACCCACAUGUCAAGAACUGGGGGUCCUUACUGCGCAUGUAUGGCCGUGAGAGCAGCAAAAUGGUGAAGCAGGAGACCUCUGACAAGAGUGUGAUAGAGCUACAGCAGUAUGCCAAGAAGAACAGGCCCAACCUUCACAUCCUGAGCAAGCUGCAAGAGGAGAUGAAGAGGCUGGCUGCAGAGCGGGAGGAGACUCGGAAGAAGCCCAAGAUGUCAAUUGUUGCAUCUGCCCAGCCUGGAGGUGAGCCCUUGUGCACAGUGGAUGUAUGAGGUAGGCGGCAUGGGCCAACAGUGCUACCCAGGAGACCAUCAGCCACACAUCAUCACUGCAGCACCAGGCCUCCAACCUAAGUUCCUUUCCUAUGGCAGUGUCGGCUCUACUCUGGCACACGGGGACAGCUGUGACAACACAGCACACAUGCAAAGAAGCAGUUCUUCUGGAAGCUGCUCUGUGUGACUUGACAUAUUAAGGAUCAGCUAUAAGUAACUACACAAGUGGAAGCUGAUAGACAGCUGUAGAUCCUGCUUGUACGUAUCUGCUGCGGACUGUUUUUAUGAAGGUUUUCAUGAAUUUUAGUACACUAUAUGCACUGACAAGAAGUGAUGCUUGGUUGAUAGAUGAGAUGACCAGGAUUUAUAGCUUCCGCUGGCCUAUGAUGCCUUUGCUCAUAGUUCCUUCUUAUGGAGCCACUGAGACCUGGUCAGAAGGUGCAGGUAUCCUGUCCUGUAGUAUUACCUGCUUUGUGUGUUUCCCAUUUUCCUCUGAAAAAGUUAUAAUAGAAAGGAUUAUUUCAGGCUAUUUUGGCUUAAAAUAAAACAAAAUUUUAGCAACGGAA